AUGAUACCCCGGCGAAAACAUAAUGCUUCCUCAGGAUCGCUCCCACCACCAGAUGACAAGCACGCCAGCAAUGAUUAUAUACUGUCAGACAGUAGCAAGGAAGGCUGGCGUGCCAUCAUCAAACGAAGGCUCAACCGCAAGACACUGCACAAGAGGAUCCCUGUUACGUCUUGGUUACCAAAGUACAACACAGAAAAGGCCAUCGGUGAUCUUAUAGCUGGUAUUACUGUCGGUUUGACCGUCAUCCCUCAAUCGUUAGCCUAUUCAAAUAUUGCGGGUUUACCGCCGCAGUAUGGAUUAUACGGUUCCUUUCUCGGUUGCUUCAUUUACAUAAUCCUCGGAGGAUGCAGGGCAGUACCAGCUGGACCUACCGCUAUCGCAUCUCUACUGACCUGGCAAGUUGCUGGCGGAGUGAUAGAAAAGGCGAUAUUACUGAACUUCCUAACUGGCCUCAUUGAGUUGCUGAUGGGAGUACUCGGUUUAGGGUUCCUAAUUAACUUCGUAUCAGGUCCUGUAUCUUCAGGAUUUACGUCGGCAGUAGCACUUAUGAUAGCGACAUCACAAGUCAAAGAUCUCUUUGCUAUAACUGUGACUGGAACGACAUUCUUGCAACAAUGGAUUUCGGUAUUCAAGAAUAUACACAAUGCAUCGCUGUGGGAUCCCAUUCUUGGAUUUAGCUGUAUCGCCCUCCUCCUUUCAAUGAGGAAAAUUGGAAUGAUAAAACUUGGUGAGAAGUCUGCGGAUGGACCGAGCACUAGACACAAAGCGUUGACAAAAUGUAUGUGGCUUUUGGGAACUUGUCGGAAUGCGAUUGUUGUUAUUCUCACUGGAGUACUCGGCUACUGGUUUGUAACCACGAAGGGUUCAUCUCCAGUUCGCUUAAUGGGCGCGAUUCCCUCUGGAGUACCAGUGCCAACCGUCCCACCAUUCACCUACGUUCGAGCUGACAAUACCACUGCAGACUUCGUAGAUAUGGUCUCAGAACUUGGAUCGGGUCUUCUUGUGAUACCCUUAAUAGUUUUACUGGAAGAUAUAGCGAUCUGCAAGGCUUUUUCUGGAGGGAAGACAAUUGAUGCCACUCAGGAAAUGAUCGCGUUGGGUCUGAUGAAUCUUGGCAAUUCCUUUAUGCAAGCGUACCCGGGUGGAGGAUCGCUGGCUCGGUCUGUGGUGUCCAAUGGCUCGGGAGUUAAGACCACGUUCAACGGGUUGUAUACUGGUCUGAUGGUGAUACUAGCUCUACAGUUCUUUACACAGUACUUUGAAUUUAUCCCGAAGGCUGCACUGGCUGCAGUCAUCAUCUCUGCUAUCCUGUUCAUGGUGGAAUAUGACGUAAUCAAACCCAUGUGGAGAGCCAAAAAGCUAGACUUGAUACCUGGACUGACAACCUUCGUGCUGUGCCUGGCUUUACCAAUUGAGAUGGGAAUCCUCACUGGUGUCGUGGUUAACAUCGUAUUUAUUCUGUAUCACGCAGCUAGACCGAAGUUUUCUGUUGAGAUGCUUAAAACGGAGCAAGGAUUAGAGUAUCUGAUGAUAACACCGGACCGCUGUCUCAUGUUCCCUUCAGUUGAUUAUGUCCGACGUCUUGUAACCAAAUGCGCGACCAGCAAUUCUGUUCCUGUUGUCAUAGAAUGUACACACAUCUACAGCGCCGACUACACGGCAGCAAAGAGCAUAGAGCAGCUGACUGCGGACUUUCACGCGAGACAGCAACCGUUAUACUUCUACAACGUAAAACCUUCAGUCUGCUCAAUCUUUGAAGCCGUCGCGAAGCCAGAACAUUUUGUUGUCUUCUAUGAAGACGACGAAUUAGACAGGCUUUUUGCAGCUGACAAUAGAAUCGCGCCCCAAAAACCGCCACCUCUAAGCGCUUAG